UGCUUAAAUAAGCGGCACCCACAGAUCACUCUGUAACUUGAGAGGUGGGCUAUAAAUACCCCUAACCUUUCCUGUGUAUGCCUGUUUGUAUGCGUUUGCUCGGUGCUCGGUACAGGCUGGUUUUGCUGUUUGCGGACAAUACAGCUUUGGGCACCAGGCCUGCUUGCUGCGCAGCUGUCAGUCGUUGCUUCAGAAAUCGUUUCAGCGCUUCCCGGAAAUGCAGAAGACCGUUUUCUAUUUUGAUUUAAAGCGGUGUGCAGCUCUACUCACCUCAGUACAGUUUUAGAAAAAAUGCCACAACUAAUAACAUGCUUGCUGCGCUCGAGUGAUUGCCUGGUUUCCACACUUCAACAAGUCUCUCAGAUUUCUGCAGUUCAAGCAGCAGCCCUUCUUUCCAGCCCAUCCGCAGUCAGAUCCCCAUACCCACUGCACAUGUCAUGCCAUCCACGGCCGGAGCCCCGGCCUCGAAGCCCCAGGCAUGUGUCCAGGAGGACUCCCUUUCCUCACUUGAUGGUCAUAGGUCUUCCUCAGGCUCCAGAACCCCAAGCGGCACCACGUCAAAGUCUUCCUCUCUCUCCAAAUCAGCAUCUUCGCCCAACUUGGACGCUCAGGUUGGUGUGGGAGGGGAUCCUGUGGGACCCAAGCCAGACUGCCUGAGCCGCUACCGGAGCCUUGUCAAUGGGCUGGACCACUCGCUUUUCCCCACAGAUCACACCCGGGUGGAUGAGGGCCAGAGGUUUGACACUCCUGCUGUGGAACCUACACUAAAUCAGUCGGUGCUGCUGGGGGGGCUAUGCCCUGAUGUCAGACUCCGAUUACAGGCGACCGGGAUUAGAGACACCCCAGACUGUGUGUCUGAGGCCUACAGAGGAGUUAUGGAGCACAGCUAUAAGGUUCUGCCUGAAGCUAGGCCUGGCGUUCCUGGCACAGCAGAAGCCUCUAAUCAGAGGGGCGGUCAGCCUGGUGCAGCCGGAUCCGCAGGAGUUUAUACAAGCCCUCUCAGCUUGCAGACACAGGCUCUGCUGAGGGAGCAUGCUGGCUCCAAGGGUUAUGAGCCAUUGCGGCAGGACAGAUGUAGUGAACUUUCAAGCUGGCAACAACAACAGCAGCAGAAGCAGCAACUGGAGAGUUUACGCCUUCAAGUGGAACAAAUGCAGUUAAUGAGUGCAGGAGUGGGUCAGUACCCAUCUUUGUACUCAACGCCAGUCGCCAGCCACUCAGACUCUGGCAAGUGGGACGCUUUGGUAAAAGCCAGUGAGAGUCUGCUGAAGGAGAAGGAGCUUAUCAUUGAAAGACAAAAGCAGCAUAUGACCCAGCUGGAGCAACGUCUUAGGGAAAGCGAGCUGCAAGUUCAUGGAGCCCUCCUGGGCCGAGGUGCUUCUUAUGGGGAUAUGUGUAUGCUGCGUCUCCAGGAGGCUCAGAGGGAAAAUGCAUUCCUGCGGGCGCAGUUUACGGAGCGCACCGACUGUGUUGCCCUGGAGAAAGCAGAGGCAGAACGCAGACUGGGAGCAGUUGAGGCUGAGACGCGUCGACUAAUGGACUGUCUGAAGGAAGCCUGUGAGAGACAUGCGGAGGAGAUGAAGAAACAGGAAGAGAGGAUCCGCAGUCGCGACAAGCACAUCAACAACCUAAAGAAGAAGUGUCAGAAGGAGGCCGAGCUGAAGAGAGAGAACCAGCAGCGUAUCGAGACUCUGGAGCGUUAUCUGGCUGACCUGCCCACCCUGGAGGACUACCAGAGCCAGAACAAGCAGCUCUUAGAGGCUGAACAGCAGGCAGCUGAGCUACAAGAAAAAGUAAAAGAACUGGAGGCUGGUCUGGAGACGACACGCUCACAACUACGGGAAAAAGAUGCACAGCUGGAGGAGCAGAAACGCCGGGAGAGAGACCUGCUGACCACCAUUACUGAUAUGCAGCAGCGGGUCCAGCAGGGCCUUGAGGACGGAGCCAGACUUCCCUCUCUGGAUAUUGAGAAGCUUAGGGGAGAGAACAACACUUUGAGAGAGGAGCAGCAGAGACUCAAAAAGGUCAUUGAGAAGCAACACCGAAUGAUGGAACAGCUUGGUUCUCAGAUUCAGGCUUUGGAGGAGCAGAUAUCUCUGGAAGAGAGCGGCUCUCAGGCUCUCAGAGAGGAGGUGUUGGCCAAAGAGCACAACAUGUUGGAGCUCCAUACAGCCAUGAAGGAGCUGUCGGCCCAGAACCAGGAACUGAUGGAGCAGAAUUUGACGCUGCAGGAGCAGAUGAGCGAUCCGGAGCAGAGGAGCAGCAACCAGGCCUCUUCUGUCCUGCAGCCAGCUGGAGCUCGACUCACACAAAGGCUACACGUGGAGAUCGCUUCCUGCCUCAGUGAUCUGCGCUCGCUGUGCAGCAUUCUGACCCAGAGAGCCCAAGGACAGGAUCCCAACCUCUCCCUGCUGCUCGGCCUCACAUCACCUCCAACAGUGGCAGAGCAGGACGAGGACUGGAUGAAUCCUGAGGUGCUGCAGAAGAAGCUGGUGGAAGCCCAACAGCUCCGUCGUGACGUCGAGGAACUACGUAAUGUAAUACUGGACCGUUACGCGCAGGACAUGGGAGAAAACUGCAUAACUCAAUGACCUUCGCACCCAGGUGAUGAAGGAAGCUUGCAGAAGCUCCUCUUCACCUCUGAGGCAUCCAACAGGCCUGUCGUUCAAGCCUACUUACUGAAUGUCACAAAGAGGACUGGAUUUUAAUUUUCUUGAAAUGAGGACAAAGGAAAGCCCAAAUGGUUUAGCUUCUACUUCUCUCGACUGACAGAACGUCAGUCUCCAGCCUGCCUGUAGCUCAGAAUCCUCCCAACCCCCUGGUGAGUUCAUCUAUUUCAGUCCAAGGGCUAACAGAAAAUAACUUACCUCUAAUACUUGAUCCUUAAGCAUUGUGUGUAUGUGUGUGUGUGCGUGUGUGUUUUUUAAAAAUGACAUGAUACUGUCGGUUACCAAACAGUCUUACGCUUUUUGUUCCACUCUAGUGGAUGAACUCUUUGUGUAGAAGUCCCACAAAUUUAAUUUAUUUAAAUCCUAAUUUCCCUCUUUAGGGGAAUUAUCCUAGAAGUGGUUGACAAUCAACUGAAAAUACUUUAACCUGUGCUUUUAACUGAAUUCACGUAGAAAUAUUACUAAUGCGCCAUUAUUUUUAAAAUGGCCAACACUGUAAUAUUAGACUCUGCUGUGAGGUGUAAGACGUAACAGCUACCAAAUCAGCUUCUCCACCAACAGGCCUACAACCGUUUUUAAUACCAAAGAAACUCUGGUCGAAGCAGUUGUGCAAGUCUGUGAAUGUUUGUGAACGCUCCUCUCUGCUGCAGGCCUGAAUGAACACCAACAUGUGCCUUCCUGUCACGUUUGCAACUACGAUUCAUUUCAGACCAACCACUAAGGGCUGUUUGCAGCUGGCUCUUCCAAUAUUCUCUCAGCGUAUCAACCAGUAGGAUAGCCAAUACAUUCCCUGACACUGAAUGUAGUUAAAAGUUCAGGCCGCGUCACGAAGCUUGCGGAGGCCCCGACACUCUUUUUUUUGUUUUGUUGUUGUUCCUGCUCGAUAAAUAGGUAAAACUCACAAGUCUGUAGUAUUUUCUCUGUGUAGAUUUCAUUUCUUGUUUGUAAUGGCUGACUCGCAUUCGACAGAGUGGUUAACUGUUUGAUAAAUGUAUGACUGAGAACAGUAUUAAUCUUCAGUAUUAUUUAUUUGUUCGUUUGCAUUGACAACUCAGUGUGAAAGCUUUCUGGGUCCUCCUAAUGUGUUGCUAUAAUAAUGUGCUAAUGUGUUUGAGCAAACUGUGUGUAAAGGUCCCAUGAAGUGGCGUCUAGAUUGUAAUCUUCGUCUGUGGUUUGAUGUGUUUGAUAUGAGGCUGGAUGUCUGGGAAGAGCUGACUUUCUUCAGGUGUUUUAAUCCCACAGUAGUGACGAUGAUGAUCGGAGGGGCUGGCUGGAUCACCCCCAAAUCACACGUCACUUUGUACUAGAUGGAAUUUUAUAUUUGCAGGAUAAGCCAUUAAAAAAGAAAAAAAAAAGAACUUGACACUUUACUGGACGAGAAAGGGAUUCUAACAUAAAAAA